CAUGUACGUGUGUUGAAAUUUAACGUUUUCUCUUCAUUUUAAGUGCAUAUGUUUCACGUAAAGUAUAUUUGUUUAGAAUUUAAUGAUUCGGAGUCCUGCUUAUUAAAAUGGCUGGUGGAAAUAACACUAUGAACGAGGUAAAGACCAAAGGCAAUCUGCCGGAAAACAGCAAUGAUACUGCCUUGAACGAUACUCCCGAGCGAGCAGCGUGGGGACGACCGCUGGAAUUCAUAUUGGCAUGUCUGGGAUACGCCGUCGGACUUGGGAAUGUCUGGCGAUUCCCUUACCUGUGCUACAGAAAUGGAGGAGGUGCAUUUCUGAUCCCGUUUUUCUUGAUGCUGGUCCUAAUUGGACUUCCGAUAUUCUACCUUGAGCUGUAUAUUGGACAAUAUACAGCUUUGGGGCCAAUAAAGGCCUUCGGCUCGAUCGGUCCUUUCUUCAGUGGUGUCGGUUACUGUACAUUAAUUGUAAUCAGUAUUAUAUCAAUAUAUUUCAUGAUCAUCAUUGCUUGGACGAGUUUUUACACAUUUAUGUCAAUUGGGGGCCAACUUGGUUGGGGAUCCUGUGAAAACGAAUAUAACAGCGACUUUUGUUACAGUGGAGCGUAUGAUAAGGAGUGCAGAAUGAAUAACACAGGGGAAUCUACAGAUCUGACGUAUUAUCUACGAAAGUGCAUGAGCAUUGAUGAAAUAUGUAAAAUGACAGGAUUCGAUGCAUACGAUGGAAAAUAUUGCUGGAACGGAACUGAAACAGUACCUUGGUACUCAAACGUCACCAGGCGACUAGCUUCCGAAGAGUACUACAAUGAACGUGUAUUAGGACGAGGUGAUGCUACUUGGGAGAAUUGGGGAUCCAUCCAGUGGCAUAUUGUUGGAUGUCUUUUCUUUUCAUGGUUUGUGGCCUUUCUAUGCGUUAUCAAAGGUGUACAGUCAGCGGGAAAAGUAGUAUAUUUUACGGCUCUAUUCCCAUACGUGAUGUUAACAGCUUUACUAAUCAGGGGUGUGACGUUGGAAGGAGCUGCAGAUGGAAUACUGUUCUACCUGUCCCCAGAUUGGAAUACACUAUUGCAAGCCCGAGUCUGGGGUGAUGCAGCUUCACAGAUCUUCUACUCUUUCGGUGUCGCUUGCGGCUCUCUGGUGACCCUGGCAUCCUACAACAAGUUCAACAAUAACUGUCAUUUCGACGCCAUAUUCGUUAGCUGUACGAACUUUUUGACAUCGAUAUACGCGGGAUUUGCUAUAUUUUCAGUUCUUGGAUUUCAAGCUCAUAUGAUGGGAGUCAGCGUUGAUGAUGUAGCUGAGCAAGGACCAGGAUUGGCAUUCGUAGCGUACCCUGAAGCAAUCCUUCAGAUGCCGAUACCACAACUCUGGGCUAUUCUUUUCUUCUUCAUGCUUUUUAUACUGGGUCUUGGCAGUCAGUUUGCUGGUAUCGAAGCUAUAAACACGGCGAUUGUUGAUCAAUGGCCUCAACUCCGGAAAAGAUAUUGGAUGGUGACCGCGGCCACGUGCUUCACGUGUUUCAUCCUUGGUCUACCAAUGUGCUUCAGUGGAGGUGUUUAUUUAUUCACCUUACUGGAUUGGAAUACCGCGGCAUGGGCUAUCUUACUUAUUGGAAUCGCUGAGACCACAGCGGUGUCGUGGAGCUACGGCAUUAACCGCGCUAUGCGGGACUUGGCUUCCAUGGAUAUGAAACUAAAUAAAGUGCUGAGGUUUUACUGGAAGGCUGCCUGGACGUUUACCGUUCCUGUUGCGAGUUUUGGUGUUUUAGUUUUCGUUUUCUCGGAUUGGUCACCGCCUUCAUACGAGGAUUAUGUAUUUCCACUAUUCGCUGAUCUACUCGGAUGGGCUGUUGGUUUUUCUACGUUGAUUUUAUUCCCUGUUGGAAUAUGUUGGGCUCUAUAUAAAGGAUAUAGGGGCAAAGACCUGUUCAAACCGACACCACUAUGGAAGCCAGCUGUCAAAACCAUUGAACCUUCAGAUUCCUUUUCCAACAUGGUUGAUGAUCCAGAGCGCGCGGGACACGAUAAUAUUGCAUAUAUGUCGUAAAAAAAAUUAUAUAAUAUAAAUAUUAACCCUUAUUUCAUAGAAAAUAAAUUUUGAAAUAAAUGUUUAAAAUUAAAUUAUAACAUCUUAAAUUAGAAAAAGCAAUACCAGUAACGUUGUCCCCAUUAAAUUU